UGAUAACUAAUGAAAAUCGAUUAGAUAAAACAGUCCGUCGUUUUUAUGUACUCACUAACCUAAUGGAACAUGUUGCACAAUUAAAUUAAAAAAUAUGGAUAUCUUGUUCCUGUGUCUAAUAUUUGGUCUGUUAGGAAGUUCUGGCGCGGAUCUGAAUGGAAAUUGCGAGCUGGAGGAGGUCACUGCUGGAUACUGGUCAACUGAGUACACCAAUCAGAAGGUCAAUGAUGAUGAGACGAAGGAAUUUAAACGGUUUAAAGCUACCAAUGUGGAAGGUGUUAAGAUUUCAACGGUAAACAACUACAAGUACUUUUCGGUUCAGCUUGAAGAUAACGCCGUCAUAAUUUCCCCGUCGGCGGAAUUCAAAAAUAUCGAAAUUAAUGAAAAUAGUAAUAGACAGUUCAAAAUUAUAGCUAGUCUAAUUUUCAGUUGUACGAACGGAUCUGGAGUUUUGGCGUUUUACCAACCCAUAAAUGAUUUGAACACGUAUACUCCCGAGUUUCAACAAUCUUCCUACAGUUACCGUCUUCCGAUGCCUCUACCAGCUAACUUUGACAUGUCAUGCUUGUUUGACGUACCCAUCGUCGUUUGCGAUCAAGAUAUCACGAAUACUCAAGUGACUUUUGCCAUUACUCCUUCGGAAGACUUUUCAAUUAUUUGGCAAGGAGCGACUGACACCAGUAACAAAUGCCACAGAGCUGUUGUUAAAACUGCAAAACCACUGUCUCUAACAGAGCUAAAAGACUACGUUUUGUCGGCUACAGAUAUUGGUACUCCGACCAAGAGGAGUGAGGCCCAACUUCGAAUAGAAGUGAAUCAGGAGCAGUCAAUACCAAAGAAUCCACAAUUUAAGUUGGCGUACUACACCGCAAGGUACAAUGACGAAAAGGACACGCACAGCGUGACAUUUGAUACCGAUAUAACCUUGAAUCUCAAUGAUUACGUCACCACUUACUCUUUAGAAGGAGAGCACAAACAGCACUUUGAUCUACAAUCGACAAGUAAUGGAGUUGCAGUAACUUUGAAAACUAAUUUGCCUGAUGAGGUUUUGAACGAAAACGCCAUUGUGUUGCUUACCCUCGAAGCGAAGAUUGAUAAAGCGGAAGACACAGGCCGGACUGUUUUGGUCGUUUAUUUGCCGAAGAAAGUUACAACGACGCCUGCACCGACAACAUGCCCAGAGACAGUCACACCGACCGAGUGCCCCGUGUGCACAACUGAGCCAUCAGUCUCUACAACAAUUGCCGUGUGCCCCACUUGUAAACCUUGCUCUACGGAAUGUCCACCUUGCUCAACUACUGAAAAUCCGGAAUGCCCAACGUGUGCACCGUGCACUGCAUGUCCAACUACAGAGCGCCCUGCAGUAUCAUCAACAACUUCAACAGAUCCCGAGAGUUCCUCUACAGAGCGCCCUGCAACAAGUUCACCACGCCCUCCAUCCCCAUCAACAACUUAUCAGACUAGUACGGAGAGUCUAGUGACAUCAGAAUGGUCUACUUCACCAGAUCCGGAAUGCCCAAUUAUAACGUGUGAACCGUGCACAGUAUGUCCAACUACAGAGCGUCCUGCAGUAUCAUCAACAACUUCAACAUAUCCCGAGAGUUCCUCUACAGAGCGCCCUGCAACAAGUUCACCACGCCCUCCAUCCUCAUCAACAACCUAUCAGACUAGUCUAGUGACAUCAGAAUCGUCUACUUCACCAGAUCCGGAGUGCCCAAUAACGUGUAAACCCUGCACUGAAUGUCCAGCUACAGAGUGCCCUGCAUUAUCAUCCACUUCACGAUAUCCCGAGUCCACCACGUGCAAGCCUUGUACCGAGUGUCCCCCUACGGUGUGCCCUUCAACAAGUUCACCAUGCCCUGAAUGCCCAACAACGUGUAAGCCUUGUACGGAAUGUCCAGUAACAGGAUGGUCUACUUUACCAGGUCCAGAAUGUCCGACCACAUGUGGAACUCCAACCGAAUGCCCCCCAUGUUCGACUACUCCAAAUCCACCCACGCCGACCAUAAGUUUUGAACAGAAAACUUACGUUUUCACAAUUCCACCUAUCGCAUCAAUCACUGUGGGUGUCGUGAGAGCGAAUUCCAAUACGCAAGAGGCUGUUAAAUAUACAAUGCACCCAUUAGAAGGUUCUACGAUUCCGACGCAACUCAAGCUAAGUGAGUCAAGUGGAAGGUUGACGGUAGAAGAGAAGCUCACCAUUGGCACCUACAAGUUUCAAAUAAAAGCUGAAGGGGUUGUAAGUAAAGUAGGCGACGUCACAGACGUUGUAAUUAACGUUGUCACUGAAGCAGCUACAAUGUAUUCCGUAAUUGUGAAAGAAAUAGAUGAGCUAUCCGAAGCUGUGAUUACUUUGCCCUGUGAAAAAACGACGUCAACUUGCGCUUACGAAUUUGACUAUCAGUACCCAGAGACUAACCCACCACUGUUCACCGUCGAAAAUGGUCACCUAAAAAGUUCAAGCAUAAAUCUACAAAUGGAUCAAAUAAAAAAUCUCCUAGUACCCCAGUUCACCGUGAACCUAAAGUUGCGCCAAAAGGCGCCUACACUCAGAAACUUAACAUCUGUACGAGCGCUAAAUGUGAAAGCUGAAGAGAGCAGGCAAUGGGUACUGCUCCCCACUCAACUUCGACGCGAAUCGGAUUCGCUUUUGGUUUCCGUCAUUAUUAACGACAUCAACAAUAAUCCGCCCGUUUUUAAAGAGGGAACUAAUUUGGUGGUGGGAUACCCUGUUCAGAAACUGGUUCACGAAUUGCACCCACCCUAUUUGGUUCAAGUGAAAGCAACUGAUCUAGAUCGUCGUCCCCUAAAUGCCGAGAUUCGGUACUCCACAAACAGUCCAAACUUUAUAGUUCAUCCCCUAAGUGGUACGAUAUACCCUGGCAAAUCGGCAUUGGUUGAUGACAAACCAGUAACUUUUGAAGUCAUUGCAAAAGAUAGAGCUGGAGGGGAUAAUUCGCUAUCUGCAAUCCUUCGAAUUCAGGUUGUACCUUUAAGCAAGGGUCAGUUAACGCUACUAAACGUGCCUGGGAUGGUACUUGAGGAUAUUGACGAGGUCAUAUCGUCACUGUCCGAUAAGUCUAAAAUGAAGAUUAGAUACCUAAAGACUACAACUGUUUAUCCUCCCUUUGACGCUGGUCGUAGUAUACUGAAUUUAUUGACGUUUGGAGCUACAAAAAGUGAAUCUGAUCACUCUCUCAGUAUUGUUAUAUAUGCCUUUGACUCCAAUAAUGAAGUCAUACCUACGGAAAAAGUUCAGAGCAAUCUGAGUGGAAUGGAAAACAUAGUGGUCGAGUCAUGGAUCCCUUCAGCGGAUAGUGAACCUGUCAAUAACACUGGAUUCAUAGCAGCAAUAGCCGUGCUUAGCGUUCUAGUGGUUGUACUUCUAAUUGGAAUAGGUUUGCUAUACUUCUUUAAAAUACGCAAAAUUAGCAAAGGUGGCGCACCUUAUCGCAAUCUUAGUCACAUAGACACCGUGACAAAAAAAUCGGUAGAAGACGAAAACCCAAGCGAAGUCCUGCCAAAAGCGCGGUCAACAGGAUUUGGUUUUAACUCACAACCGCCCGAAGAUGACAGUUAUAGUAACGAACACAACGGUUACUUCGAUUUUUUAGAUUCAGAAAGGUCUUCCGUUCAACCAUCGGUAAAGAGCAACGAAAACAAGUUAGAUAACGUGGUUCCUCAACCAGAUCUACAACGGGGUGUUGACAGUUUAUCGGCGCAACUAUUAAAGAAGAUCAAUGAGAGGGCCCGCGAAGACACUCCAUCGGAGACGGACGUCGACGAAUUGAAGGAUCAAAAGAAAUCAGUUAGUUUUAAACCAACAGUGCAAAAGAUAAACAUUGUAGUUGAUGAGGAAAAGAAUGAUAAUGAUAUUGGUAACAAAUUGUAAAUAUCUUUGGGUAGUGUCUCCGCAUCAGACCUCCUAGUAGUAUUAAUUUAAUGCAUUGUUGUUAAUUAUUUUCGUAAAACAAUAAAAACCAAUAUAUCAUUA